GAUGUUUUUCCCCCUCCACCCCUUUUACCUGACACUUCUGUAAACUAUAUAAAAAUGGUUUUGUACUUAAGUAAUAACGAGACUGUAACAGUCUUGUGCAGCGGUGGCUUUGCUGCAAGUUAAAGGACCGGUUAUAAAUUGCUGAAUAAGCCACGUGCUUAUUUGGGAAGGGUAGCGGAGCUUGUUACUUUGUGGAAACGUUCCAUUGCAUCUGACUGAUUCUGCGCAAGACUACGAAGAAAAAAGCACCCAGGUAGGCUACUGCUGGACAGGUGAGACCAGACCAUGGCUCCUCUGACACCUCUUCCCCUGUUGUGGUUAUGGCUGACCCCUGUCCAUCCCGCUGGGUAGCUGGGAAAUAUGCCCUAUCAUCAAUGACCUAUCUCAUCCUGCAGCCCAACCAGGAGACUGACAGGACAGGACUAACAUACUCAUUAGCCCUUCUCAGCUCUUACAACCAGUACCUCCCCAACUCCAGACCAUUAGACUACACUACUCUGUUGCUGUGCUGUUCUGUUUUUAUCCCUCACAUUGCCACCAGGACAGUGCAGCUAAGCUUUAGGCUGGACUGUCUGCCAGCAUGCACAGGGCCAAGGGAGGGCCUGGCCCCCCACACUUCCAGGACAUCUAUGAAUUCUCCUUGGAUGGUGACGAGACCGCGACCCAGAUCUUUCUGCGGGGCCCGGGGAAAGCCAUGGAGGGCCCGGGAAUGCCCCGGUCCCCUCACUACAAGUAUAUCCAGACUGAGCACCAGCAGGGGGGCCUCUUCUCCCUCGGGCCCCCUACCCAUGAAGAGGCCCUCGCGGCCCUCCAGGGAAAGAAGAGGAGGCGGUGCGGCGUGUGUGGCCCCUGUAUGCAGAAGGAGAACUGUGGCACCUGCAGCAACUGUAUGAACCGUAAGAUUGGGAAGCAGAUCUGUAAGCUGCGUAAAUGUGACCAGCUGAAGAUGAAGGGACAGAAGGACUGGGAGGUGGGACAUAUUGAGGACAACAGUAAAGCCUGGUUUGUAAAGGCCAAUCUGGCGACAGAGACUGUUUCGGACGCUCGUUCAGUGGAUGGCCCCAGAAGAGGAGGCCAGAUGGAAACUGGGUCACAUGACCGCCUCGAGGAAGGCGGUUUGCUGAGCCUGGAACUGACCAAUGGGGUGAGCCGGCAUCCCAGGGACACCCAUGAGGAGGGUGGAGCUGGCCUUGAGCCCCAGAGGGAGCCCCAGCGGUCAAGGAGUGUUUCCCCAGGACAGGGCUGUGUACCUGGGCACAGCAAAGCCACCCAACCCCAUCAGCAGCAGCAUUGCAAUGGCUGGAGCAGUACUGGUAGGACUCUUGGGAAGCCUGUCCAUGAGGCAGACAUGGAGGUUGCACGCAACCUGGUAGCCUUCUCAGCCAGUGUGAGUGUGGGCUCCCUGCCCCCCUCAGGUCACCUUGAGCCCCAGUCCCACACCGCCCAGCUGUAUGAGAAGUUCAACCAGGAGAUGGGAACUGGUGAGGGGGCUGCGGCUCAAGCCAGACUCCAAGCACCAGAAGGAGGAAACCAGGCUAUCCCCCCAGAGGACCUGAACACCCUGCAGAAUGCCCUGAGCCAGGCGCGGCACGGCUACAAGCCCCCCAACUGUGACUGUGAUGGGCCAGACUGCCCGGACUACCUGGAGUGGCUGGAGAAGAGGAUCAAACAGAGAGGGGCAGGGGAGGAGCGGGACAACAACAUSCCCUGCUCCAAGAUGACCGCUGACACGCCGCCUCAUCAACAGCCCCCACACUCACAGCAGCCCCCCCACCCCCAACCCUAUGUCAAUGGAGGUAACCCUCCCUCCUGUCCACCACUACACCCACAUCAACAGGGACAACAUCCAGCCCCUAUCCCCUGCUCCCCUCAGGUCCUCUCGAUCGCCAAGGAGAAGAACGUCAGUCUGCAGACGGCUAUUGCCAUCGAGGCCCUGACCCAGCUGUCUGCCACUGUCCCCCAGACCGUGGUCCCUCCUGCCCAGGCCUCCUCCACCAGCCAACCUCAACACCACCCCCAACACCCCCCUCUACACCUCCAGCACGGCACCCGCCUGGUCCCCUCCUCCCCCAACCCCCUCUCCUCUUUGUCCUCCUCGCGUUCACAAUCCGUCCCUCCUGGACUAUACCCCCAGCUCCAGCAGAGCCCUGUGUCGUGGGAGCAGCAGCACAGACCCCAGUCCCAUGGCCAUCCGGCCCACGCCUCCCCUCUCCCGUCCUCCACUUCACCCUUCCCCGGGAAGCCCCAGGCAGGCAGCCUCCUGCCUCACCACCAGCAGUGGCAGCAGCAGCAGCAGCAGCAGGGCCCUGGGCGAUCCCAAGAGCAGAGGAACCAGUGGAUAAACUCAGAUUCCCAGCAGCCUCUCUUCGCCCCUCCGUCCGGUGGCCACAGCACUGGCGACCCCAUGUCCGAGCUCAAACAGCUACUGGGGGACUCCGGCGGAAAGUACAUAAACGGCCCCUUCAAGUUGCCCGUCCCACAGCACCACAUCAAGCAGGAACUAGGGAUGCCUCGGGUCAAGCAGGAGGUAGACUCCGGGGAGUACCAGAGCUCUGCCUGCGCCUCCAUGGGGGGCUGCUACAGCUUGAUAAAUGGCCAGCAGCAGCCUGGGUACCCUGGUCCACCUCUCUCCCCGGGCAGCGCAGCCAUCCGCCACUCCACCCAGACAGCUCUGCAGCAGCACCUUCACCACAAGAGGAACCUCUUCUCCAACUCUCCUGGCCUCCCAGGCCUCUGCCCUCUGCGGCCCGCCAAGGCCUGCCAGAACCUCCGCAAGUGGUGGCCCCAACAGAUGGGCCCCGAGGGCCACCCCGUCCCCGUGGCCAUCAAGCAGGAGCCCAAGGAGCCCAAGAGGAGGAAGAGCACAGCGGGGACAUCUCCGCUCCUCAAGCAGCACCCAGGGGGUGGGAUGCUGCUCCAGCCAGGCCCCAAACCCAAGACGAUAGUCAUCAAGAAGACCAAGCAGAAGGUCUCCCUGCCAACCUUCCUGCCUCACAGACAGAUUUCCAUACAGAAACCGUCUCCCCUCACCAUUACCGGAGCCCUGCCUCUGGCCAGCGCCCACCUAGGUUUUCUCCCUCUCCCUACCUUCCCCCUCCUCAGUAACCCCACUCAGGCUGCCGCAGGCCUCCCUGCCCCAGCCCAAUCUCAGGUAUCCAUUUUAAACUCUUCUAUUGCACCCUCUGUCGCUCCCUCUGCCUUGUCUGUAAACACUCCAGACUUCUCAACCCCUCAGCCUCUCCCUGUAGCCCUGGACAUCCCAGCAAGCUCAGCGGAGGCUAGCGCCACACAGACCUCCACCACCUCUCAAUCCAUACCAGGCCUCAGUUCCCUGGACCCCAAGUUCGAGGAGCUGAUCUGCCAGUUUGAGGCAGAGUUCGGGGACAGUUCAUCCUCGGCCCCAGYGCCCUUCCCUUCACAGAUCCAGAGCCAGGACCAGGCCCCUUCAGCCUCAGCCCAGCCCGUGGUGACAGAGUCUCAGCCCAAAGGUAACUCAGGACAAGCCAGGCACCCAUCACCAUCCAGCACUACCAUCACUCAGUCCUCCAGCGCUGCUCCAUUAGCUCCUACCACAGCCCCACCAGCAGACCAGGACACGGAGGUGGACAAGGAGGAGUCAGGGGGUAUGAGUAAAGUAACCUCCACCACACAGCCCUCCACUGAGAGCCCCAUGGAGGAGCAGCGGGAGGCAACCAAGCUGCCUCUCUCCCCGUCCCCACUGCCCAAACGCAUGAAGAUUGAGACCAAUGGGAACGUAGCUGUCCUCUCCACCACUGGAUUAUUCUCUGAUGGGGGCGAGGACGACACCCCCACUAAAGAUGGAUUCCCCCUUAACCCCUCCCUAAAAGGCUUCCUUGAGUCGCCACUACGCUACCUGGACACGCCCAUUAAGAGUCUGCUAGACAUGCCCGCCAAGGACCUCCAGGCUGAGUUCCCCAGCUGCAACUGUGUCGAGCAAGUCCUGGAGAAGGAUGAGGGUCCGUACUACAAUCACCUGGGCUCCGGGCCCACUGUGGCCUCCAUACGAGAGCUGAUGGAGACCAGGUAUGGAGAGAAGGGAGAUGCUAUCCGUAUUGAGAAGGUGAUCUAUACCGCGGAAGGCAAGAGCUCUCAGGGAUGUCCCAUCGCCAAGUGGGUGAUUCGUCGGGGCAGUGAGACAGAGAAGUUGCUGUGUCUGGUGCGUCCCCGGCCGGGUCACCACUGUCCCAACGCUGUCAUCAUCAUCCUCAUCAUGGCGUGGGAGGGCGUGCCACGGGCGCUAGGCGACAAGCUCUACCGAGAGCUCUCCGCCACCAUCACCAAGUUCGGCAACCCCACCAGCCGCCGUUGUGGACUCAACGACGAUCGUACGUGUGCGUGCCAAGGCAAGGACCCUGACAGUUGUGGAGCGUCCUUCUCCUUCGGCUGCUCCUGGAGCAUGUACUUUAACGGCUGCAAGUACGCCCGCAGCAAAACACCCCGCAAGUUCAGACUGGCAGGAGACCACCCCCAAGAGGAGGAUCAACUCAGGGAUAACUUCCAGGAUCUGGCCACUGAGUUGGCUCCCCUGUACAAGCAGCUGGCCCCACAGGCAUACAAUAACCAGUGUCAGAAUGAGGUGACGGCUCCAGACUGCAGGUUGGGUCUGAAGGAGGGCCGGCCCUUCUCUGGUGUCACCGCCUGCAUGGAUUUCUGUGCCCACGCUCACAAGGACCAGCACAACCUCUACAACGGCUGCACUGUGGUGUGCACUCUGACUAAAGAGGACAACCGUAAGGUGGGGGAGAUCCCAGAGGACGAGCAGCUCCACGUACUUCCCCUCUACAAGGCCGCCCUCACAGACGAGUUCGGCAGCGAGGAGGGCCAGCGGCAAAAGAUGCGCACUGGCGCCAUUCAGGUGCUUAGCAACUUCCGCCGUGAGGUCCGCAAGCUGCCCGAGCCCGCCAAGUCCUGCCGCCAGCGCCGCCUGGACGCUAAGAACCGCGCCUCGGAGAAGAAGAAGGCCAAGCAGCAGCUGCCCACGGAGACGCCGGAUAAGACGGUGAUCAAGACGGAGGUCCGGCACGCUGGCUCCCCUGUCAGACAGUACGGCAAUAAAGUGAUCACUAAGCAGGAGGUGAAGCCCACCAUAAAGAAGGAGCCAGUGGACCAGUGCCAAUACCCCUACCACGUCUACCCCUCCAACCCUGGCUACUACGCACUUGGAGGCCCCCCUUCCAAUGGCCAGCCCCCUGCACUUCCACCUCCACCAGGCCCUGUAAAUGGCUACCACCCCAAUCUACCCUCAGCACUGCCUUACGGCUACUACAACUAUCCCCCCAACCCUAACCCACUUUUCCCCCAUGAGCUCACUUACGAGGGCCGCAACAGCUCCUGGCUUCACGCAGGGCACAAUGCUUCCCCCGGCCCUGUGGACAAGAAGCCAGACGUUCAGAGCCUCCAGGCCAGGCUGGCACACUCCUAUUCAGGCCCAGGCCUCCCUGAGCAGCAGCAUGGAGACCCAGCCAACCAACACCAAUGCAARGCUUACCCACACCCCCACCAGCCUGACUAUAACCAAUCACGUCCCUCCUCAGUCUCCUCAGAGCCCUCCCACAGAGGGACCCCUGUCAUCAAGCAGGAGCCCAUGGAUGUGCCAGUGUAUGAGGGGGGCAAUACCCAGAGCUGUCCCGACAGUCCCAUCCCCACCCCACAGCCUGAAGGGCCCUGGCCCGGGCACAAGCCCAACGGGAGUAUGGUACCAGGCAGCUGGGAAGGCAACCUCCAACCACCAUGCCCCCCGGAGGCUCCCUUCACUUCAGACAAGCAGCAGGUCCACCAGCAGGGACCUCACCAGACUUCCCAGUCUCCAUACUCGCAGCAUCAGCAUCCCCCACAACAGCCCUCCCCAUACCCCCAGCAGUGGAACUCGUACCCUGGCCCCAACACCCCCAAGGCCUCCCCUGUUCCCUCCCCGUCACCCUCUUCUUCCCCACACCCCGGCACCCCCCGCCACUGGGACAGCCCUGCUCCCAGCCCUCAGCCUAAGGCUUGGCCCAUGGGCAUGGUUCCUGCUGGGUACUGCCCUAGCCCCGCCAGAGGCUUCCCCGACAAGAUAUGCUCCAAAGCGGGCGAGAGUCAGGGCUCGACCCCCCUAGGUCUCCAGGAGAAGGCCUGGAAGUCUUUCGGAGGAUCCAUGGCAGGUACACAGUCUCCAGCCCCAGAGGCCUGCUGGGACCCUAACCGGGCCGAGACCCCGAGCGACGUCGAGAGCCAGAGAGGUCGCGACCUGGACGAGGAAGAGCAGUGGUCGGACAGCGAGCAUAACUUCCUGGACCCCAGCAUCGGAGGGGUGGCGGUGGCACCCGCCCACGGUUCCAUCCUGAUCGAGUGUGCCCGGCGUGAGCUGCACGCCACCACGCCGCUCAAGAGGCCCGACCGCUCUCACCCCACCCGCAUCUCCCUGGUGUUCUACCAGCACAAGAACAUGAACCAGCCCUGCCAUGGCCAGUGGCUCUGGGAGGCUAAGAUGAAGAUGCUGGCGGAGCGGGCUAGAGAGAGGCAGCAGGAGGCAGCACUACUGGGGCUGCCCUACGAGGACAUCAAACCUGGGAAGAAACGCAAGUUGGGGGCCACGGCAGGAGGGGCCAGCCCGGGGCCUGGCCAGACCAUGGAGGGGCCAGUGAUGGGGAUUGUGACGCGGUUGGCCACCACCCACCACACCACCUCCACGGUCACUGUGUCCCCUUAUGCCUUUACCACCCUCACAGGGCCCUACAGCCACUUUGUGUGAGGAUGGACAGACAGACGGACACACAGGCUGGUGGAGGGAGAGCGGGCUGAGCAGGACAGYGAUGAGUAUCUCAGCCCCUCCUUUAGUCCUGUGUCUCUCUCRAUCCUUCUCCUCCUCCUGCUCUGUUUUCUCACUCUGGUGCUCUGGGCUGGAAGGAGGGGGACUACUGGUUUGAUUCCUCUUUUUGUUUUGUUUGUUUUUUACCUCAUGUCAGGCAGCAGUUUGGGCCCGACCCUGGACCAGACAGACACACUGCCUGUGGUGCUCUUUCUCUCUCCUCUGCGGGAGGGACUCCAUUGCUUCUCCUUCUUCAUAGAAUUUUAAUGAUCCUUCUAAUUAUUACUAUUAUUAUCAAUAUUAUUACGAUUGUUAUUGUUACUGUCAAUGUUGUUAUUACAGGUAUUAUUAUUAUUAUGAAGAUGCUGAUUUGAUUUGUUUGUUUAUUGAUGUGGUUGUUUUUUCAUGUUAUUAAUUAUUAUUUUGUUUAUGUUGUGUUUUUUUACCGAGGGGUCUGUCUUGCUUUUUUCCCAUAUUUCUGUAAAUCUGCCCUUUUCUUUUUUGGGGGGGGCUUUUGAAAUGUUUGUAACUGUACUUGGAGAAAGGCCUUUCUCAACACUGCAAGGCUCUUCAAGACUGUCUUUCCAACAAGCAUGACAUACACAUGUUUUACAUUUGAAUCAUUAAUCUUGACCAAAAGAGUGAAGAGAAACCCACAGAAACUUCUCUGAACCAUCCCACAUAGUGGAAGGUUUUUAGUAACGUCCCCAAAGUCAAGCCUUUUUUAAACCAACUCCUGUCCUGUCUGCCUUGCUGUGAAGAGAAGGGUUCUUCUCUCUCCAUUUGUACUCUCACCCCCCGAUCCGCAUCACUCUACUGCUGUGGUGCUUCAUUGAUCUUUAUCCCUUUUACAGGGAUGAUAUCAGUCUCUCCAUUCAUCUCUUCUUCACGGCACUAGAUGCUGAAUAUAAGGGUGCUCUUAUAGCAUAGAUGUAGAGUGAGAACAACAGGCACUAGAAGUCCUCAUCUUCCUUCAGGUGUUGGUUGAGAGAUCUAUCCCUCCAGUUCUAUGGCUCCUGUGGGGAUUAGUGAGCGCUUUCUAUUUGAAGCACAAGAGGGCAGCAGUGACCCCUGUAAAAUGGUGCACUGAUACACACAGAAACCAACUCUCACHUACAAACACACAUGGGCACACAUGGGCACACACACACACACACAAAGCUCUUGUCAUCAAGCCAGCACAGAGCAAUGCCUUACUGCUUUAAACCACCGAAGCAUGGCCGCCAAAGUCUGGUCCUUCCAAUGACCGCAGGCAGCACGGGCCACGCAAGCCCUUUAUCCUGAAACCAGAGACAAUGAUGGGAAUAGUGUGUGGACAGAAAUGCACUCCUAAACACACUGGUGCUUUCCCUACACAUGUUGACACACAAAGGGCUCAGUCAGUGAGUCCUGCUUCUGCCUGGUGCUGUUUUGAAGCAGAGCAAGGUUUGUCUCUAUGCACACACUGUCACGACAGAGCCAGUAAAUCCUUAUUCACCAAUCAUGGCUGCCUCUGCAUUGCUUGCGUGUCAGAGCCAGAGCCUGCUUGGGGCUCACUUUUGAGAUGAGAAAUCUUGGUGCUUAUGAAGUGGUCGAGAUAGAGCUCUCUAUACCUCAACGUUGCCGAGACACUGGUCAUGGUUGCAAAACGCUACAAACACACACACACACAGGCACCACUGAGGUCAGAGGAACAUGAUAAAUAUUAGUCCACAGAUUCCCCGUGUGCUCUACAAACUCAUUUUAAUCCACUUUUUUAUUAUUUAUUACAUGAUAAUGAUGAUGAUUGUUGUUAUUGUUUUUUUGUUUUGUUAUAGCUAAUAGAAAUUGUACAUACAGAAGAAAAUAUUUUAUAAAAGCACUUUUAAUCUUGAUUUCAUUGAGAGAAAAAAGAGAACAGAUUAUUGACAACUUGAAGCUUCGUUUUUUUAACGUUUUUUGUUUUUUUCUCGAGAGAUAAAAAAAAAGGUACAUAUUUAAAAUAUUUAGGUAAGAUUAUUUAACUGUUGAGGGAUAAUGACUAAAUCAUAAAUGAUUCCAGGCUUUUUAGUCCAGUCAGUUUGCCAGACAGCCCUUAGUAACAGAAAACAACUCAGUGAUUUCCAAUGUGUUGUUAUGUCUGUAGAUGUAUACUCAAUACUGCUGUCCUGAUUUCAUAAGUACUGUACUACACGAUACCUCUGACAGCAACCAACCAGCCACCCUUCCUUCAUGAGAAAAGAUUGACCUAAUCAGUAAUCAGGCCAUUUAUAAGCCAGAGUAUGAUAUCUAYCAUUCCACUCUGAGAAUCAAUGAGAAACAAAGUAUUUCUUGUUUUUUAACACAAGAAUCAAACAGUUGCAGAAUCAAAGUUGUCAGAAGUGCUUGUAUGAGAGAACUCUAGUGACAGAGGUGAGGUGUAGCCCCAGCAAUCUGUCUUGUCCAUUGUGUUAGACUGAGGUGAGAGGUUGUCACCACCGUAACUUGUUUUUAAUGUGGUAUUAUCAAUGAUAGUGAUUUUAACAGUAGUAAAAGAUGUAACAGUAAUGGAAAACUAUGACAACUUAACACUUGUAGUACCAGACUGAAGGUGCAGUGUAUUAAUGGAAGACACCAGAUAAUAACUGGUAGUUUAGUUUGUAAUAUCUUUUAUUGGUUGUUGUAGAUUGUCACAGACAUGACCAACAGGACUUUGACUAAUUUAGGGACUGGGGGAAUAUGGCUAUUCUAUUCCCACCGUUAGAACAAACUCCCCCUUUAAUAACGGCAAUGCAUGAUCGACACACAGUUAGAAUGAUUCAGUCAUAUUUAUGACCUAUGUAAUAAUGGGUGCUGAUCAUAUAUACUGCAUAUUCAUUUUUGAUUUGUACAAAACAUUUUGGGAGGCUAAUGCUAUGGUGCUACUCCCUAACUUCACUGUGGAAUAAAAUGGGGGGACAUGAUUAUAUCACUGAUAUUUUUCUGAGCUCUUAGAAUGAUAAGAUAAACUAUUUCUUUGAAUAUUGCAGUUUCAAUGAUGGGGAACUACUCCGGUGCUGAUGUAAUGGGAAUUUCCCAUUCAUGUUCAAGGUAAUAAAAAAAUAAGAAGAAAACUGUUGAAUUGAACCAAUCACACAGUUCAUACACAACUUUUAUUAAUCCUUCGUCCACAUAAGCUACUUGAAAAGGAACUCUAUUCUCGCUUUAACUGGUAUGGGGAUUGAAGAAUCAUAUUAUAUUGAAGUGAACAGACUGUUAUCUUAAUUAAAAACUUGGUGCAGUGUAUGUGCUGGAAGCUA